GAGAGAGAGAGAGAGAGAGAGAGAGAAACAGGCCUGGCGACGAGCUUCUUAUUUCCCACCGGAAGUCAUAUGCCCAUACACGCGCGUAAAACGCGUACAGUUUGCGAAGAAAUCGAAAUGGUAGAGUUGUGUGGUAGCGGCCAAGCUUCUUCGGCCAUGGGAGUAAUGGGCAUCAGUUCGAUGGUGACCGCGGCGACAUCGUCAUCUUCUUCGUCGACUACCACGACUACAGGUGCCUCAUCCUCAGCGUCAGGACGUGCGGGCAUUCUCGAAACUCAAGUGCGCGGUCAGUGGUAUCGCGUAUUCGUUUCUUUGGAAGACGAUUAUCUCAGUAUUUCGCUCGAUGAGAGUUGUGAGACCGGUAAUAACGCCCUGAACAACGGCAAUAUCAACAAUAACAAUGUAGACAGUUUGAACGAUCCGGAUGUGCCCGAUUCGGUAGCCAAUCAGAAGCGCAUUGUCCGUGUGGUCAAAAGUGACAACAAUGGCUUAGGAAUUUCGAUAAAGGGCGGCAAGGAGAACAAAAUGCCAAUCCUCAUCUCGAAGAUCUUUAAAGGCAUGGCAGCGGACGCUACUGAGCAACUUUACGUCGGCGAUGCCAUUUUGGCGGUAAAUGGCGAAGAUCUACGAGAAGCCACACAUGAUGAGGCGGUAAAGGCGUUGAAGAGAGCCGGCAAAAUCGUCGAAUUAGAAGUGAAGUACCUGCGGGAAGUGACGCCGUACUUCAGGAAGGCUUCGAUCAUCCAGGAAGUGGGCUGGGAACUUCAACGCGGUUUCCUGAGCGCGACGCCACCGCCGCCAAAGUCACCACCACGGGCGGAUACUCGUUAUCUGCCAUUACAACUCUGCAGACUCACCAGAGCGCAUCCCUCUUCCGAUCCCGAUGGGCGUAUCCUAGAAUUACACUCACCUGAUGGUGUUCACGAAUGCUGGUUGAGAGCCGCUGACAACACGGAAGCGAACGUCUGGUUCAAUGCUUUGCACUCGGCGUUGGCAGCCCUCACCUUGAAAGCAUUACGACUGGCCUCAGCACUUCCAGAUCCUCAGCAGCUUCAGCACAUAGGCUGGUUGGCGAGGAGACAUUGUCUUCAGAAUGGACGAGCCAGUAGUGAGAGUAGCGAAGAUGGAGCCGGAAGUAGUGCAAGCACUUCGCGAGGAGCCGGGAGUGGAUUCGGUCUUGCGGCUGGAUGUACCGGCGGAUGGCGUAGUGUUUUUGGUGCAGUUUCAGGCCGGGAACUUAGAUUAUAUGAGUGUGCGCCUUGGAGCCCAGAAGCUUGGGCUUCGCCGAGCAUUACCUGUCCCCUUAUCGCAACACGACUGGUCUCCUCUCCAACGCGACAGAACGAAGCAGCGAGCAGCAGUAGUGGUUCGACUCAACACGGGGCGACGUUCGCGGUCCGGGUUGGCACGAUGGACGGGGUAGUCACGCAUCAUUUACGAGCUGAAACACGAAGAGAUCUGGCGGCUUGGGCACGAGCGAUCGUUCAAGGAUGUCACACGGCUGCUCAUUCCUUGCGAGAAUACACUGUUCGUUGCACAUGGCAAGGUAAGGCCUGUCAGUUGGUUGUCAACCACGAAGAAGGCUUCGCGCUUUACUCCGCAGGAACGCGGGGAACUGCCGGGAACGGCGUAAGUCCUGGAUCACCACCCACGCCACUCUGGAGAAGAUCCUUCGACAAAUUGAAAAUGUCCGCGGACGACGGCGCCCGUCUUCUGUGGCUCGAUUUUGGAGGCGAAGAUGGCGAAAUUGAACUAGAUUUGGAGAGUUGUCCAAAACCAAUCGUGUUCGUCUUGCACAACUUUCUUUCGGCGAAGAUUCAUCGGCUUGGUUUGAGUGCAUAG